UCUAAUGCUGUGGAGUUCUCCAUUAUCGUCAUAUAAAAGGGUAAAACGUGAAAACACCUAACACUACUUUAAUGAACUCAGUUCGGAUAAUCUAUGUUAUCCAUUUUAGUACUGGGAUUUACUUUAGAUGUAUUCUCUUCAGCAGUGCAGUGGCCAAAUUGCUUUAAAUAUUAUUCAAUCUAGUGUAAGAUCUUCAAUAAUAUAGUUUGUCAUCUUAGACCUGUAUCGUUUCAUCCAGAACAGCUAAUAGAAAUACCGUUUAGCGAUUCUGUGAAGUUCAUUCAGUUGUGUGCAUUUUAGUGUGUGUGAACGUAAUGUGGUCUUUUUUCUCACGCGAUUCGUCUAAAGACUUCCCUUAUGAAAUUGGUGAUCCAGUGCAACAGUUCAACACCAAGAGUAUCUGGAGUCUGUUCCGUGGCAAACGAAAAGGUUCAAACGAUGAGGUGUCGGUCUUUACCUACGAUAUCAAAAAUGGUUCAGAUAUUAAGCUGGAACUAGCUAGGGCCGCACUUAAGCGGCUCAAAACGCUCCGCCAUCCCAGCAUAUUGCAAUUUCUGGACAGUCUGGAAUCCGACAAAGUCUUAUACGUGGCAACCGAACCGGUCGAGCCUCUAGGAACACAUAUCGGCAAUCUAGCUGCUCAAGGACCUCAGCGCGAUUUGUAUUUGGCCUGGGGUAUAUUUCAAAUCACGCGUGCAUUAUCAUUUCUAAAUAAUGAUGGCAACCUGAGACACAACAAUGUAUCGAUAUGGUCGGUAUUUAUCAAUACAUCAGGCGAAUGGAAAUUGGGUGGACUGGAGUACGUAUCCUCGGCUGAAUUACCUGUUGUCCCACCGAUAAAAAUACCACCUUCUUUGGAAAUUUAUGAUCCACCGGAAAAGAAUGACGCUAGCAAAAUAAAAACGGCUACAAAAUGUUCGAGUGACAUGUGGGGUCUCGGUUGUCUGGUGUGGGAAUCCUUCAAUGAACCUUUGAAAACACGAGGACACCUUAAAAAUAUCGAAAGGAUCCCAAAAUCGUUAGCUCCAUUAUAUUGCGAGCUUGUUGGUGCCACACCUGCUAAUCGACCAAAUCCCGCUGAUGUUAUCACCAAAUGUCGCAAACCUGGCGGAUUCUUCAAAAAUGACUUAGUUGAUUCCUUACUUUUUCUGGAAGAAAUUCAAAUCAAAGAUAAGAUUGAGAAGAUGCGAUUUUUUAGCUCCCUCACUGCGCAAAUAGAUAAUUUUCCUGACAAUGUUUGUAGGUACAAAAUUCUUCCGCAACUUAUAACAGCCUACGAGUACGGUGAUGCUGGUUCUGCUGUUUUAGCUCCAAUGUUUAAGUUGGGUCGGCUUUUAGACGAAGGCGAAUAUCAGAAGCGAAUAGUGCCAUGUGUAGUCAAGUUAUUUGCUUCAACUGAUCGUGUAACGCGCUCACGUUUGCUACAGCAACUCGAUUUGUUUAUUUCGCACUUGCAACCAAAUGUAGUGAAUGAUCAAAUCUUUCCUCAAAUUGCACAUGGUUUUCUAGAUACUAAUCCGACUAUCAGGGAACAAACCGUGAAGUCAAUCAUCCAUUUAGCGCCUAAACUUAAUUAUAACAACCUGAAUGUAGAAGUGUUGCGUCAUUUUGCUCGACUUCAGUCGCGAGACGACCAGGGCGGUAUUCGAACAAACACCACUGUUUGUCUUGGUAAAAUCGCACCCCAUCUACAUCCACAAGUGCGGCAACGUGUACUUGUGUCUGCCUUUAUUCGAGCUAUGCGUGAUCCAUUUCCACCGUCGCGAGUAGCAGGAAUAUUAGCUCUCGCAGCUACUCAGCAGUACUUUUUGUUGAAUGAAGUUGCUAUACGUAUACUACCAGCACUUUGCCCACUUACAACAGACCCUGAGAAAUCGGUCCGCGAUCCUGCCUUCAAAACACUCCGUGGAUUUUUGGGCAAGCUGGAAAAAGUAUCAGAAGACCCCAGUCUACGCGAGAGCAUGGAGGCUGAUGUUCAUACAGCGACUCCGUCGCUCGGUAAUGCUGCUGCAACAUGGGCUGGGUGGGCAGUGACAGCAGUUACUGCCAAAUUCUACCGCAGUCAAAGUGACACUGCCCGUCCGAAGCCACCACUUACGGGUAAAACCUUGAGUAAGCCUGCUUCUUUGGAACAACCUUCUAGCAGCAGUAUUUCGACCACAACUAGUAGCGUUACCUCCAUGACUUCGCUAGAACACGAGAGCGCUGAUACAUCUGCAUCGGUAAGCGACUAUGGUCCGGACAAUUGGGAUCAGGAAAACUGGGGUGAUAUGGACACGUCUCAGGAUCCAAGUAGUCCAAUGACUGGAACAUCGAAUCAACCAAACUCGAAUCUCAACAUGAUCGGCAGUGUUAGUGAUGUGCGCGAUGGUUGGGACAACGAAGAUUGGGGAAGUCUAGAGGAAGAUCCGAAUGAAACUGAACUAAAUGAAAAAGAUGAAGAUGAGCUUAAUCAGGUGCAGCCAAAGGAUGAAUUUACUACGAAUAACCCGACCGCUAUCUUAACAGAUUUGGUAUUAUCAAUCAACAAUAGUCAUACUGACAGUUCGUACAAUAUGGGACGAGCCGGUGGUGGAAGUAGCAGUAACAAUAGUACGACGAAUACGAUAAGUUCUUCAUUGACGGAAAACACAGUAAAAGCAGUUACCACCAACAGCAACAGCAGAAGUACAUGCAACAGUACUAAUGCAAAUAACAGUAAUAAUAACAGCAUCAACAACCAAGGGAAUCAUAUCAACAGUCCUAGCAAGAUGAUUGCGCUCAAGAAUAUGAACAACCUGAUCAACAUCAGUAGUAGUAAUAGCAAUCAACUCUCUGAUUGGAAUAACAUAGACGACACGGGAGCUGGAUGGGGUGACGGUGAAUUUGAAACGCUGAACGAAUCAAGUGCAGGAAAUACUAAAAUGGAUGAAGCUCGCCGAAAACGUGAGGAUAAAAAAAUACAGCGGCAACGUGAAUUGGAAGCAAAACGAGCACAUCGCACUAGUUCUUGCGGAGGCGCGAUGAAGUUGGGUGCCAAAAAAAUUUAAUCAUAUUAUACGAAGGUUGAGGGUAAUGCUCUCUCAAAACGAUUGAUGCAAACAAAUUUUAGAUUCUUCGAGAAUCCCGCAGUAUGGUAGAUUCUCGAAUAUCUUUCGAUUUGCAUCAAUUACAUGAAAAAUCGUCCGAGAGAAUCCAAGUAUAAUAACUGACCUGAAUAACCAUAGGUAACUUACAUUGAAUGGAAAUGAAUGAGUUAUGAAGUGAUAAACAUAUGCAAAAAAAAAAAUAGGUUAAUAAACUAACACAGGUGUGCAAUUCGAACAAAUUGCACUUUUCUUGAGAAACAGUAUGGAACUUAGCGAAAAAACAUUUUCAAAUUCUCGCAAAAGCCUUUUUAGAUGAUUAAAAUAGGAAGAUAUUUAUAAGACCUACAAGUUUACAAUGCGUAUAUAAAUAAAUAAUACACCCGUUUCCAGGUA